UAUCUGUGGUAAUUUUGCGUAAUUUUUGUUUAACAAUACCCAAAGAGUAAUAUAUGUUUAUGGGAAGUUUGUGUUGUUAGAUUACAGAGAAAAUCAUAUUUCUACCUAGAAUAUUGGAAAAAUGUCUGCUAUAGGCCCAGACUUCUAUCAUUUUAUUAAAAAACUAGAAGAAAAUGAUGAUAAACUUGUAUCCUGCACAUCUAUUUCUCCACUGGAGCAACCAGCUGAUUUUGAGUUCAACAACAACACUUGUUAUGUAUGCAAUGGCUAUUAUGGUCCCAGUUUUGGAGAACCUGUUUGUAUAACAUGCCAUGCAUUUUUAUUUCCCGAUUUUCCGUCGUAUUUUCCUAGUUCCUAUUUCUCUAGCGAGAAAACGGACGACGGCGACUCAGGGAAUGAUGAGCCUUCGGAUUUGAAUUACAGUGCUGACCGUAAAAUGUACAGGGCAUGUCAAUUGCCAGCAUGCUGGUAUUACAGAAAUUCUUUGGACAGUGAAACAAGCCCUGAAGAUGAAGUGAGUCGAGCUAGUGGUUUAGGUGCGAGUGGCAGUGGCAGCAGUGGUUCAGGUUUAUCUGGUGCAGGACAGGCUCCGCCACCACAGCCCCCCAGUCUUGCACUCUCUCUUCAAGCUCUCUCUACACCACGUCCCCCUGACAACUUAGCCCCUGGGCUAGUUGAACAGCUACCAUCAGAAGUGCUGCUCUGCAUCUUCAGUUAUCUAGACGACAUGUCUCUUUGUGCGUGCGCGUGUGUGUGCGCUCGUUGGUGGCGUUUGGUUCGCGCUCGCGUUCCUCCGCCGCGGUGGGCGACGUUCGCAGCUCGCAGAUGGCCUCUUUUCCGACCGUUGUUCAGCAAUAUCGACUGGCACAAGAAAUACCAAUUUCUAGUCGAGUCGUGUUUUUGCCGAAACUGCCUAGUGCAAAUGUGUGUACUGGCUCAGCCCGCUGGCGAAGAAAACGCUUGGCGGCGCAAUCGACUACGGAACGAAUUGAAGAUGCUUCGCAACGACCCUCCUGAGGGCAUAGCGGCGACUCCAUUAGAUCCCAAAUGUUGCCACUGGCAGGCGAGCGUCACCGGGCCGGAUGGCUCGCCGUAUGAAGGCGGAGUCUUCUAUCUCUACAUACAAGUACCUUACGCGUAUCCUAUGAGCCCACCCGUGGUCCGUUUCCUGACUCGCAUACUACACCCGAACGUGUCUCGGCACGGCGACGUGGGCAUUGACUCAGUGCACCACAACUGGUCCCUGGCCCUCACCAUCAGCAAGGUGCUCAUAUCCAUACAGAGUCUGCUCACCGACCCAUAUACUGCGGUGUGUAUGGAACCGGAAAUAGGCGAAUUGUACGUCCGCGACCGAGCCCGAUUCGAGUCCUUGGCGCGCCGAUGGACGUGGCGAUACGCUAUGCACGACAUUCUACCUUAUUGCUAAUUACAUAUGUGCUAUUUUAGCUAAUCAAGUUUGACCAUGUGAUCAGGAAUCUUUGUUAUUAGACCAUGGAGUGCAAGCUUGGCUGGGAGCGAAAAAAAAAUUAUUAAAUACGGUAACGACUGAUUUUUACUGCGCAAUAUACAGGUUGUCUCAAAAUUUGUCACAUGGAUGGAAAGUACCUUAAAUACUGUAAAUAUGAAGUUUUGCUGAGAGAAGACUCCAUUUUUAUUUUAAAAACAGUACGAAAUGCAGCAAGCUAAACUUAAAAAAUCGCCUGUCUAAACCGGGAGUCGAACCCACUAAAUAUGAAAAAUAAAUAACCUAUUGAAAGGCAAAAUCAUUAACAUCUAUUUCUUCUGAUAACAUUCGAUCGGUACACUAAAAAUAGACGCCCGGCGUAGACAGGCGAUUUUUUCAAAUUCUUUGAAUGCUUUUAGUCGUAUUGUUUUAAAAAUAAAAGUGAAGUCUUUUUUCAUCAAAACUGUUUCGCUACAGUAUUAGUGGUACUUUCUCUCUACGUGGCAAAGUUUUGGGAUACCUGUAGAUAUAUAAGCCAAUCAACGGACGUAUUUGAAAACUUAGCCGUUAACUGGAUUUAAUCGGCGAGCGGAGCGAUGGUGUUAUUAUUUAUUUAUUAAUAUUAUGAUUAUACAGAUAUAUUACAAGUUCUUAAUUAUGGUGUAACAUACACUCAUUCGAGAUGUCACCAUACACCAGAGACGGCGAAAUUUAAAUUACAAUCUAGCAAAAAAAAACAAUUAAAUGAGAGUAGUUAUUAAAUAAUAUAGGUAUCUACUGUUCAAAUAACCGUGGAUGCAAACAGCAAAAAUAUGUUAAAAAUAGUGAUGUGCAACGUUUUAGUUCUUGUUUAGAUCGAUGUUACAAAAACACAUUACGAACAUGGUGAAUCAAAGUGUUCAACUUUGUUACUUUCUCAUACUUAACUAAAAAACUAAACUAAAAUUAAUUUGGAAGGCAAUGGUUAUAGACGCGAUUAUUUUAAAAGUAGUCUUAAUUAAUACAACAUACCAUAUAGGUACACAUUACACAAAAUCGCUCUUAUUCAUAUCAUAUAUAAUCCUGUUUUAGCUAAAACACUGUUUUGUCUCGUUCUUUCUUAGCACUGUCGAGAUUUGAGAGAAUGUGACAAAACAGUGCAAUAGUUAAAACAGGUUUUUUAAACUGUUUUAAUUUUCAUGAAUAAGAGCGAAUAAGUAAUAUCGAUUACUUAUUGAUGCAUGCGUUAUCUUUAAUUUUUGUAAUAAUACAAUAGAUUUAAUAUUUCUUUCUUCCAGUAUACAGUUUAUCACUAAAUACGCUGUUAUGAUUUUAUUCAUAUCUCUUCUGGCUGUCCGACAUUUUUAUGGAAAAAAAGUUAAAAUAGCACAUAACUAUUAUAGUUAUUAGCAGGAGUGCUACCAUGUACCUUGUUUUUUUGAGACCCCGAUAUUUCUGCACUUUUGCAAGCGCCAUGAUCACAGAGUAACAGACUCUGUUACUAAUAACUAUAAUGUUAGUGGCAAUUAAAGUUUAAAAGAAUAUCAUCACUAUUUAUUUCAUGUGUAGCUUAUUUCCGCUGUCGCUAUAGCCCCGCUUGCUAAUAUCAUCCUUUCAAAAAUAGGCAUUUGACAGUAUGUAAAAUAAAGAACCUUUUGUUGGCAUAUGUAUUUCAUAUGAAUAUUAGCCGCGAUUUAAUUACUCUGAGAGAAGAAAUCAUUCGUAACUUAAAAUAUAAUAGUUUUUUGUUCAAUGGUCACGUGACUGAAAACGUCUGGGAUUGGCGAAGACUAAAAUGAUGUCACACGCUAGUAAACUUCCGCUCAAAUUGACAUUAAAUUGUAUCGUUUGACGUUUAAUGACAGUCCUAUGGCUUCACAUGCCAGUGAGACGCCACAGAGGAACGUUUUCGUGGCAACUUAAAAAUGAAAAUUUUGGAUUUUUUUUUACUGAAGUACGCAACAGAAUGAUUAAUAUCCAAUAUUUUUAUGGACUCAAUAAACAUUGGUAUAACGUGAGAUCGUUUUCUAAAAAUUGUCAAAUACCCUAUGGCUUUUGGACUACAUCUUAGACCCAAGACCCAACCAGUGUCAAAUGUGCCGUCGAUGAGGCAUGGAUAUUAAUAUUUCACAUACUUAACACUCAUAAUAGGCGCCAAGUAGACAAAAAGCUGCUGAAACCCUAAAAAGAAGAACUUGAACCCACGGGUUAUGACGGGAAUGCACUCGUAUGUAUAUACUAUGACCAUAAGGUACAGAUUAGGAAAGAUUAGAACUGUAAGUACAGUAUUCUUAGAAAUAUGUAGCAUUAUAUAGCCUACCACGCUCUGAACAUAGAUAUGAAAGUAAAACGAAGAUUUAUGUAUGUAUAUAGCAUCAUAUUUAUUACAUCAUAAAAUUAGGUUUAUCUGAAACAUAGUUUAAUGAUGAACAUAACAUAGAAAUUAAUUUUAAAAAGUUCUUUUAUUGGAGAAUUCAGCCCUAUGUAGGUUUCAUCAACAUCGUGAAAAUUAUGUAUUUCCGUAUUAGAAAUAUUAUGGUGAUUCUAAUGUAAGUUAUGUAAGUCAUUUUUUGAAAAUAUAUAAGCAUAGCUUUCACACUUGUAAUUUAUUUUAUUUAUUUAAGUGUAUUCUACUUUACCCAAGGAGAUUUUGCUUCAUAUGCUGGAUUGAUUGGUAUUUAGAUAAAAUCAUAUAAUUUUCAACCAGCAGCGUUGACAAUGAUUAACAGUAACCUAAGCACGAACCAAUAUCGAAUUCGAAUAGUUUGCGAGUGCUAAAUGUCAG